CAAUUUUUGGUAGUUGUUAACAUUUUGGUUCGGACUUUACGUCAAAUCGAACUAAAAUUAUUUACAAAAAAAACCCCAAUGUUCAUGGAGGCUGGGAGGGACUAUAGAUUAUAAGCCAUGUCAGCACUCGAAAUAGCGCACUAUGAAAAGCGAAAAGGAGGUAUAGUUAACAAUUUGGUUCGGACUUUAAGAAAAAAGUGAGGUAUAUUUGAGUAUGGUGCUAUGAAAUUGAAUAUUUACAAUGUUGAAUGUGUGUGCUGAAUACAACCGCAGAAAGAAAAUGGAUUAUGUUUAGGGGUAGGGUUAAGAAAAUCAUACAUUAAUAAUAAAGUCAUUAAUUUUGUCAAAAGGUCAACUUAAAAAAUUUAAAUUGCAAACACACACACAUACACACACACACACACACACAAAUAAAUUGGUAUGGCGACAUUACCCUCUGACAGAAACCCUAAUGGAUUUUAAUCCGCUAAAAGCAUAAAACAAAAUCGGAGGUAAUCUGUGGCGGAUCCAGCUUUUCUGAUGAGGGGGGGGGGGGGGGUCCAAGACAAAAAAGGGCACCAUAACAUGAAAAGGCACUAUUGAAAAAUUACACACGGUUCACAUGGACCAUAAUAUAAUAGUGCUACAACAGGGACGCUGGCAGACGUAUUUUACAGUGUUCUGUACAUUGACAGAAUAAAUAAAUUUGUAAAAAACUUUAAAAUCCAAAAUAAAAGGGGCACUUCUCAAAUUUGGGGGGGGGGGGGGGUUCGGACACCUUGGACCCCCCUCUAGAUCCGCCCCAGGUAAUGUUUUCAAGACAGCGAUGUAUCUACGAUUAUCUCUUUUGCUGUUUAGCUUGAGAUUCUGUUAUAUUUUAAAUCCUUAAUGCUCUAAAAUACAUUUCAGAGGUGUUAAUUUUUCACACACUGUUCCAAGCAGUCCCUACACCUCGUGCUGUCAUAUUUUCAGUAGGCCAUAUUCUUUUUCUUGGCAGGAUAGUUUUCUUUUGACUUAUUUAAAAAAACUAUAAUAACAGGAGGCCACAUUUUACGUCAUAUUUCUAGCCCAGUAUAUCGACUUCGCUGAGAUCUGAGAACAAAAACCAUGCAAUUUUUCGUCCAUUUUUUUUUUUUUUAAUGGAAUACUCUUCAAGGGGGGUGGAAGCCUACGAAGUAUGUGACGUAAUAAAUCUGACGUCAUGACGAUUGCGCUAUACCUUAGCACAUAUCAUGACGUUGUUAGAUUACGUCACAUCAUUGCACUCCUCUAGAACAGUAUUCCAUUUUAAAAACCCAGUAAAAUGGCAGGCUCCGAAAAGUUAUAGGCUUUUUGUCCUAGAUCUCAGCGAAAUCGAAAUAGGUGAUUUGGUUACAAUAUGGUUUAUGAAAGUCAUUUGUCUAUGGAUAAAAUGUGAGGAUAACAUAACGGUAUGUUGAUUGGCUACUACUAAAAAGUGACAAAUGUAUUGGACGUACCAAAUCACAGUGCUGUUCCUCUUUUGCCCAAAACAUAUACAAGGUGUUUCAGUGAACAUUUCUGGGUCUUCACCUUAUGCAGUGCUUAACACGCCAUUUACAUUCACCUGUACAGUAACAGAUGCUGCGAAUCUCGAUAAUGGAAUAGCUUUUUAUAAGAGAACAUCUAAAGAUGGUUCAUGGUUUCAGUCUGGUAAUACUUGUAUUGUGUUCAGUAAUCCAGAGAAAGGCUACAAUACAUCCUGUGGAAGUGGCACAAACAGCAGCUCGUCCACAACUAAGACCUAUACUUUUGUCAUCUACCAAGUUGCAUCACAUGAUGCAGGAGAUUGGUCCUGUGGGCUAUUUGGAUCAUCUACAAGGUCUACUUUUUAUUUAAUGAUUAGCAAUGGUCCUGACAAUAUUACAUUCAAUCCAUCACCACCAGCUAAAGUCGAAGACGGAGGCAAUGUGACAGUAAACUGUACUGCUGACUGUGUCCCACCAUGUUCAUACUCUUGGACACUGGAAAAUAAACCCGUUGGUUCAGCCUCGUUAUUAGCAUUGAAGAACAUCGGAAAGAAAGAAGCAGGCGUGUACAUGUGUACAGCCACCAACACAUUUACAUUAAAAUCUGUAAUUAAAACAUUCAAACUGGCUGUUGUCGAAGUUUUUUUGUCUGGGUCUUCAUCUUAUGCGGUGUUCAACGAGUCAUUUACAUUAACCUGCACAGUCACACAGGCGGCUGGUCUUUAUUAUGUAGUAGAUUUUUAUAUUAAUGAAGCAUUAAAGUCUACGUGGGCCUCUCUGGAACAGAACAUGUCUUCAUGUGAUAUAAGGAAAUCUGCACCACAAGGUUACACUGCAUCCUGUGGUAGUGGAACAGACAGCAGCUCGUCCACCACUAAGAACUAUACACUGAGGAUCAACAGAGUUGCAGUCAGUGAUGAUGUGAUCUGGUCGUGUAAACUGUCUAAAGCUGGAAUACGCAGCCAUCACUUUAGUCUGCCAGUUUACACUCCUGUGUACAAUGUCAGUAUUGAAAUAUUUGGAUCAAUGCCAGGUUCAGUUACCAUAACAGAAGGCAGGUCAGUUAACAUAACAGAAGGACUUUCGGCUAUUUUCAUGUGUGUAAUGCAAGGUGCCAAACCAGCUCCAAAGGUCGCGUGGUACAGAGAGUUAUCCCUUGUUGAUGCCGAGUCAAUGACAGGUAAAGUAGGAAACCAGACCACCUUUGACAGAACCACAUCAAUCAAUGUGACAUACACGGCUAACAGACAACAUCAGGGCCAGAAGGUGUACUGUACUGCAAUAAACAGCUUGAUGGUCAACCGGGGUAUUCAUGCUGUCAGCUCCAGUAACAAGAUAGAACUGAACAUCGAAUAUGCUACAGAGCACACGUCUGCUUCAACAUUACGUACAUUUGCUCUAUCGGGAAUUGGGAUCGCUGUUGUAUUAGCUGUAGCUAUUCCUACUGUUUGGAUACUUUGCAGGAGAAAAACAGAGAAGAAAUCUCAAGAUUUGCAAGAAAUGCUACCUAAAUUAAACCAAAAUGAAGCUGAGAACCCAGCAUUUUUCCGUAACUAAUACCAGAAUAUGGACGACAGAAUGAUGAUAACGCUAGAACUCCGCAGCUCCCCCCCCCCCCCUCGAUUAGUAUGAAACUAUCAUUAAACAAGCGUAGAUUAUAUCUAUAUGGUUUAUAUGGAUUAUUAUUUAAACACAGUUUCUUUGGUUCUUACAGAUUUCACUAAAUUUAGUUGAAAAAUAACAAUUAGUCUUUUGUAUCAAACGGUAACUUAUGAAUUGGCAUGUAAUUGUAUAAUAAAUAAUGUUAAAACGCCUAUAAAAACAUUAGUUUUAAACCCAUAGCAAUUCUUACAACAGUUUCUCUCUCUCUCUCUCUCUCUCUCUCUCUCUCUCUCUCUCUCUCUCUCUCUCUCUCUCUCUCUCUCUCUCUCUCUCUCUCUCUCUCUCACACACACACACACAUACACACAGAGCUAAUGGGAUAUCGUUAAACAUCUAUUCUAGUCUUUUGACAGCUUCUUUAAGAUGAUUUACAAUUUUUAAUGGUUGUUUUUAUAACUUUUAUUGUUAUUUCAUUUUUAAUUCAACCCAUUCAAAUCAAUUAAACAUUAUUGUAUUCUAUUGCAAUUUUUUCCAUAAAUAAAACCAUUCAGUACAA